AUGGCUCCCUUCACAUCCGCCGCUGCUCGCGCAGCUUCACGAGCGUCCUCCACAACAGCCAGUGCUCGCCUGUCGCAAGUGCGGAGUCACUUCAGCACCUCGAGUGCAGCGAGAAAAGAGAUUCAAGAUGCGUAUAUCCUCAGUGCGGCAAGAACACCUACGGGCAAGUUCAAUGGGUCAUUCAUGAGCCUCUCUGCGUCCCAGCUCGGCGCCGUUGCCAUCAAAUCCGCGCUGGAGAAAUCCAAAGUCCCCGUCUCGAAAAUCACCGACGUGUACAUGGGCAACGUGCUCUCCGCGGGAAUGGGACAAGCGCCUGCGCGGCAAGCCUCCAUCUUCGCGGGCCUUCCUACCUCGGUCGAAGCCGUGACUGUAAACAAAGUAUGCGCGUCGGGCCUCAAGGCUGUGGUACUGGCUGCGCAGAACAUCCAGCUCGGUCUGGCUGAGGCCCAGAUUGCUGGUGGCAUGGAGAGCAUGUCCCGAGUACCCUACUACCUACCGAGAGCUGCGCAGAAUCCUCCCUUCGGCAACAUCGCCCUGAAAGAUGGCUUGAUCGAGGACGGACUCUGGGACGUGUACAACCAGUUCCACAUGGGCAACUGUGCCGAGAUUACGGCAAAGAAAUACAACGUCACCCGCGAGAUGCAGGACGAGUAUGCGAUCCGCAGCUUCGAACGAGCGCAGAAGGCCUGGGCCGAGGGCAAGUUCAAGGACGAAGUUGUUCCCGUGACGGUGCCAGGCAAGAAAGGCGAUAUCGUCGUCAGCGAGGACGAAGGCUACACCAAUUUGAAGAAGGAAAAGGUGGGGACCUUGAAGCCCGCGUUUGUGCGCGACGGUACAGGGACGGUCACGGCGGCCAAUUCGUCCACCUUCAACGACGGAGGCAGUGCGUUGGUGUUGGGAAACAAAGCCAUUGCACAAGAAUACGGCAAGGGAAGCAGGGUUCUCGCCCGUAUCGUCAGUUCGGCCGACGCCGCACUGGACCCGGUCGAUUUCCCCAUCGCCCCGGCCGAGGCCGUACCGCUGGCCCUUGAGCGCGCGGGCAUCACCAAGGACGACGUGGCGAUCUGGGAGUUCAACGAGGCCUUCGCGGCCGUCAUCAAGGCCAACGAACAAAUUCUCGGACUCGAAAACGCCAAUGUGAACCUUCUCGGUGGCGCCAUUUCUCUAGGCCAUGCUCUUGGAAGCUCGGGCUCCCGCAUCCUAACCACCCUCCUGCACCAGCUGAAGCCGGGCGAGUACGGCGUUGCCGCCAUCUGUAAUGGCGGUGGAGCUGCCACGGCCGUUGUUGUCCAGAGGAUCGAGAGUGUUUAG